GUGAGAAAACACACGAAAAUUCUGGUGUUUGUUUCUUUUUUUUAUUCAGAGGAGUUUUUAUAUGAAGCCAUAUAUAUCUUGCUUUAGUUUGGUCUUCAGCCACACCCACCCUCUUCAAGUUACGAUUCUCUGGAUUGAUCAUUCAAGCUACCCGUCUUUCUUCCAACCAUUCUUCUUCCAAAUUUGUAAUGGCUUCUUCUUCAACCAGUCUCUCAGUAGCAUCUUCCUCUUCCACCCAUCCACGAAAGUAUGAGGUCUUCCUCAGUUUCAGAGGAGAAGACACCCGCAAAAGCUUUACUGAUCAUCUUCACGAGGCGCUUCAUCGAUGUGGAAUCAACACUUUCAUAGAUGACCAACUCAGGAGAGGCGAACAAAUAUCUUCAGCACUCCUACAGGCAAUUGAAGAAUCAAGGUUUUCCAUCAUCAUUUUCUCCGAACACUAUGCUUCUUCAAGUUGGUGUUUGGAUGAACUUACAAAGAUUCUUGAGUGUGUCAAAGUGGGGGGACAUACAGUUUUUCCGGUUUUCUAUAAUGUGGAUCCCUCUCAUGUAAGAAAACAAACAGGGAGUUAUGGAGUAGCAUUUACAAAGCAUGAAAAAGUUUACAGGGACAACAUGGAGAAAGUGCUCAAGUGGAGAGAAGCUCUAACUGUGGCAUCCGGACUUUCUGGAUGGGAUUCACGAGAUAGACAUGAAUCCAAGGUUAUUAAGGAAAUUGUUUCAAAGAUCUGGAAUGAACUGAACGAUGCAUCCUCAUGUAACAUGGAGGCUCUAGUUGGAAUGGAUUCUCAUAUACAGAACAUGGUUUCAUUAUUAUGUAUUGGGUCAGAUGAUGUUCGGAUGGUAGGAAUUUGGGGCAUGGCUGGCAUAGGUAAGACUACAAUUGCUGAGGCUGUUUAUCAGAAAAUUUGCACUCAAUUCGAAGGUUGUUGCUUUCUUUCAAAUGUUAGAGAAAAAUCACAAAAAAAUGACCCAGCUGUAAUACAAAUGGAACUCCUUUCACAAGUUUUUUGGGAAGGCAAUCUAAAUACAAGAAUUUUCAAUAGAGGAAUCAAUGCUAUAAAAAAAACACUCCACUCCAUGAGAGUCCUUAUUGUUCUUGACGAUGUGGAUCGCCCACAACAAUUGGAGGUUUUAGCUGGAAAUCAUAACUGGUUUGGUCCAGGAAGUCGAAUUAUCAUCACAACUAGAGAAAAGCAUUUGCUAGAUGAGAAAGUGGAAAUAUAUGAAGUUAAGGAAUUAAACAAAGAUGAAGCUCGUAGGCUCUUUUAUCAGCAUGCCUUUAAAUAUAAACCUCCUGCAGGAGAUUUUGUACAACUAUGUGACCGUGCCCUAAAUUAUACAAAGGGCAUUCCCUUAGCCCUUAAAAUCUUGGGUCGUUUUUUAUACAAUAGAAGCAAAAAGGAAUGGGAGAGUGAAUUGGAAAAACUUAGAAGAAUUCCAAACAAAGAGAUUCAAGAUGUGCUGAGAAUAAGCUUUGAUGGAUUAGAUGAUAAUCAAAAGGAUAUAUUUUUCGACAUCGCAUGCUUCUUUAAAGGGCAAGACAAAGAUUACGUCAUAAAACUACUGAAAAGUUGUGAUUUCUUUCCAGAAAUUGGAAUACGUAAUCUUAUAGAUAAGUCUCUUGUAACUAUUUCAUAUAAUAAGUUGUGCAUGCAUGAUUUGAUACAAGAAAUGGGAUGGGAAAUUGUUCGGCAAGAAUCUAUGAAAGACCCCGGCAAACGCAGCAGGUUGUGGGUUAAUGAUGAUGUCAUUGAUAUGCUAACAACAAAUACAGGGACUGAAGCAGUUGAAGGCAUGGUCCUUAACUUGUCUACUUUGAAAGAGCUACACUUCAGUGUUAAUGUCUUCACGAAGAUGAACAAAUUAAGAGUGCUCAGAUUCUAUGAUGCACAAAUAUGGGGAAGUUCUUGGAUAUGGAGACGCAAUGAUCGCUAUAAAAGUCCAUACACUGAAUGUAAAUUCCAUCUUUCUGGGGAUUUUAAAUUUCUAUCCAACCACUUAAGAUCUCUCUACUGGGAUGGAUACCCUUUGAAGUCCCUUCCAUCAAAUUUUCAUCCUGAGAAGCUUCUCGAGUUAAAAAUGUGCUUUAGUCAGCUUGAACAACUAUGGGAAGGAAACAAGUCAUUUCAGAAGUUAAAGUUCAUCGAACUUAGCCACUCUCAACAUCUAAUCAAAGCACCAGACUUCUCUGGAGCUCCAAAGCUCAGGAGAAUAAUUCUUGAAGGUUGUACAAGUUUAGUCAAGGUUCAUCCAUCCAUUGGAGCUCUCAAGAAGCUUAUUUUCCUGAAUUUAGAAGGCUGCAAGAACCUCAAGAGUUUCUUGAGCAGCAUCCAUCUGGAGUCUCUUCAAAUUCUUACUCUCUCUGGCUGCUCAAAACUGAAGAAACUUCCAGAGGUCCAGGGAGCCAUGGAUAAUUUAUCAGAGCUUUCUUUAAAAGGGACUGCUAUAAAAGGAUUGCCAUUGUCCAUUGAAUAUCUGAAUGGACUUGCUUUAUUUAAUCUGGAAGAGUGCAAAAGCCUUGAGUCAUUACCGGGCUGCAUUUUUAAGUUGAAGUCCCUGAAAACUCUUAUUCUUUCAAACUGCUUAAGACUGAAGAAGCUUCCAGAGAUACAGGAAAAUAUGGAGAGUUUGAAAGAGCUUUUUCUAGAUGACACUGGUCUAAGAGAGCUACCUUCAUCAAUUGAGCAUCUAAAUGGGCUUGUUUUGUUGAAGCUGAAAAAUUGUAAAAGACUUGCAAGUCUUCCAGAAAGCAUUUGUAAGCUGACGUCUCUUCAGACUCUUACUCUCUCUGGUUGUUCAGAACUGAAGAAAUUGCCAGAUGAUAUGGGGAGCCUACAAUGUUUAUUAAAGCUCAAAGCAAAUGGAAGUGGUAUACAAGAGGUACCCUCCUCUAUUACUCUUUUGACAAGGCUUCAAGUAUUAUCAUUAGCAGGAUGUAAAGGGGGGGGAUCUAAGUCAAGGAAUCUGGCUUUAUCUUUGCGCGCAUCACCAACUGAUGGAUUGCGACUGUCUUCUUUGACGGUUCUACACUCCUUGAAAAAGUUGAAUUUAAGUGACCGCAACCUACUGGAAGGAGCACUACCCAGUGAUCUUAGCUCCUUAUCUUGGUUGGAAUGUUUAGAUCUGAGUAGAAACAAUUUCAUCACCGUGCCUACUAGCCUGAGUCGACUUCCUCACCUCAGAAGGCUCAUAGUGGAACACUGCAAGAAUCUUCAAUCAUUGCCAGAGCUUCCGUCAAGUAUUAAAGAAUUAUUGGCCAAUGAUUGCACAUCCCUGGAAACUUUUUCAUAUCCAUCAAGUGCAUAUCCAUUGAGGAAGUUCGGAGAUUUCAACUUCGAAUUUUCUAAUUGCUUCCGACUAGUGGGGAAUGAGCAGAGUGACACUGUGGAAGCUAUCCUACAGGAAAUUCGGCUUGUUGCAUCGAUACAGAAAUCCAUGGCUCCAAGUGAGCAUUCUGCCAGGUAUGGUGAAAGUCGGUAUGACGCUGUUGUUCCUGGGAGUAGGAUUCCAGAGUGGUUCACCCAUCAGAGCGAGGGGGAUUCAAUAACUGUAGAGCUGCCUCCAGGUUGUUAUAAUACCAAUUCGAUUGGAUUGGCUGCUUGUGCUGUUUUCCACCCAAAAUUCAGCAUGGGUAAGAUCGGCCGUUCUGCAUAUUUUAGUGUGAAUGAAUCUGGCGGCUUCUCUCUCGACAACACGACUUCCAUGCAUUUUUCAAAAGCUGACCACAUCUGGUUUGGGUAUCGAUUAAUUUCUGGAGUGGAUUUACGCGAUCACUUGAAGGUUGCAUUUGCUACAUCCAAAGUUCCGGGCGAAGUGGUGAAAAAGUGUGGGGUUCGUCUAGUAUAUGAGCAAGAUGAGAUGGGGAAUGCAUCUUUCCUUUCGGCACCAUGUGGCCGGGAGAAGGAGAUGAAUCAAAUUCAGAGUCAGGAGACCGACACCGCCGCUUCCUUUUCCAAACUUCCCCCUGUGGUUAUACAUGAUGAAAGUUGUUCGUAUAUCGCAUUUCCGUCUCGAAGUAAUGCCAGAUGCAAUCAAGCAAUUGUAGCAGUGGCCAACAAGUAGUCUCCAAACAUCAUGGUAUAGCUGCACCCAAAAUUCUACCGCGUUCAAAGAAUUGUAUGGAGGCUAAGUUGGUGGGAAAGUUGGCAUUAAGCUAUGUAGUGGCAGUCAAUUAGAGAACCACGUCUAUAAAUAAUAUUAUGGAGAUGGUGGUAUUUUUUUUUACUGCUACAAUAUAUUCAUUUUAUAAGUAGGGCAUGACCACUCCCAUUAGAUCCCAUAAAUGAUUAUUAUGUUCUGCUUCUUACACCCUUCCUUUACUUCUAGUCUCAGGUUCUUUGACUUUGCACCAAGUCCAUCUUCUCUCUCCCAUUUCACUCCCUUCAAGUCGAUUUCUCUGUGUUAUUUUUCAGUGUGAAGAAGUGGUUUCUCUUAGUAAGAUGCAUUUUCUCUCGUUAUUUAAUUGAUUUCUCUAACAAUUUCAAUAACUGAUCUCACUCUGGAAACUUUCUAUGGGCAUAACUUCUCUCUCUAUCUCUCUUUGCGUGAAGAUUACCAAUGUUGGAUCUCAUCGAAACUUUAGGUUUAUGCAAAUUUUGGUUAUGCAGUUCAUAUUUAGCUUGUUAAUGCAGCAAAUGAAUAUUUUACUAAUUUGGCAAUGCGAUUGCUGCUUGGUUUAUUAAUUAUUGAUAUUCCCAGUAUUUAGUUUACUGAUUUGGUAAUUGGCCCGAUAUUUAGUUUAAUAAUUAUGUGUCCUUACAUUUAUUAAAAUAUUGAUAGAAGCAUUAAAAAGCUAUCACAAAUUUUAUUCAGCUCUGCAGUCAUAAAUCAUCCUAGUACUCUACUUCAUGGAAGCACCGAAAAGUCUGUCUUUUUAAGAACGGGAUCUCUGAUAACUACAAGUUUGAUAGAUGUUGUUUGAUUGCUCUAUGUUCAAGGGCCUGCAAAUGCUUUCGCUUCUACUUGGAUGAGAAAUCACUGAUGCAUCUGUUGCAGCAAAGGCAUCAAGCUAUUCAAAUUUAGAAUUGCUUGGAUUUGAGUGGGUAUGCUUUCAUCCCUAGUCUCGAUUGUUGUUGAGGAUAUAUGAGAUAAUCAAUUAGUCUUGAAAGCUUCUUGCUUAGGUAACUUGCUAAGGUUCUGUUAGUCUUCAGAUUGAGGCAGUGUGAAUGCUUCUCCCCUAAUUAUGCUUAGGUUGUAGAUGUUUUGCAGCUACCUCAACAUUUUAUUCAUUGAGUGAGGUUUUGGCAAAGCUCAAUUUUUUAUUUUUUUAAGAGAGAUUAUUCAUAGUCUUAAGUCAGUAUAAUACUAUAGAAGUGAGUGUUGUAGUUGUAAUAAAUUUACUAAGUCUAGUCUCAUGUAACAUCUAUUAAAACAGAAAAAGGUCUGCAAGGGUAGGUUUUUUAACGGAAACAUUUGUAAGCUGACUGCUCUUCAGACUCUUACUCUCUCUGGUUGCACAGAACUGAAGAAAUUGCCAGAUGAAAUGGAGAGCCUACAAUGUUUAGUAAAGCUCAAAGCAAAUGGAAGUGGUAGACAAGAGGCAUCCACCUCUAUUACUCUUCUGACAAAGCUUCAAGUAUUAUCAUUAGCAGGAUGUAAGGCAGGGGAAUCCAACUCAAGGAAUCUGGUUUUAUCUUUGCGCUCAUCACCAACAGAAGGAUUGCCACUGCCUUCUUUGUCGGGUCUGUGCUCCUUGAAAAUGCUGAUGAAUAAGUGACUGCAACCUAUUGGAAGGAGCCCUACCCAGUGACUUUGGCUCCUUAUCUUCAUUAGAACGGUUAGAUCUGAGAAGAAACAGUUUCAUUACUGUGCCUGGUAGCCUCAAAAGACUCACACUGGAACAGUGCAAAAGUCUUCACUUAUUGCCAGAGCUUCCAUCAAGUAUUCAAGAUUUAUGGGCCACACAUCCCUGGAAACCUUUUCAUAUCCAUCAAGUGCAUAUGCAUUGAAGGAGUCAAGAUUCAUCUUCUAUUGCUAUAAUUGCUUCCGACUAGUUGGGAAUGAGCAGAGUGACAGUGUGGAAGCUAUCCUACUGGGAAUUCGGCUUGUUGCAUCAGUACCGAAAUCCAUGGCUCCAAGUGAGGAUUCUGCCUUUCCCUGGGUGUACAUGUUAUUAUUUGUUUGCGUAUGCUAAGAAUUCUUAGAACAUAGAUUACAAAUCUUGGAAUACUAAUCCUAAAAUAUUAUUUCCCUA